AUGGGAAAUGAAAGUAAUCAUGAAUUAUUUGUGGAAAAUCCAUCGAAUAUUACAAAUCAAAAUGAAACUUCUAAAUUAUAUAUGAAUUUUCAUAUUACAGCAUGUUCUAAACAAGGUGGUAGAAAAUAUAUGGAAGAUAGAUGUCAAUUAGAUAUGAAACGAAAUGAAAAUGAUGAAUUAGAAUAUAUUUUUGCUGGUGUAUAUGACGGUCAUGGGGGUGAUGAAGCAAGUAAAUAUACUCGAAAUCAUUUACUUGAAAACAUAAAAUUAGAAAAAGGUUUUUUGAGUGAUAAUGAUAAUGAAUUUCUCCAAGCUAUAAAAAAUGGUUUUCUAAUGACCCAUGAUAAUAUGGAACAGGAACAUGUUAAAUGGAAAAAAAAUCAAAACGGGUAUAAUUCUACAGCAGGUACCACAGUGACGACAAUGUUUAUAAGAAAUAAAAAACUUUACGUUGGACAUGUUGGUGAUUCAGCAAUUUUUGUGGUAAGGCAAAAUCAUAAUUUAAAUACUAUUUAUGUUGACAUGGCGACAAAAGAACAUAAACCUAAUGACAAAACAGAAUUAGAAAGAAUACAAAAUUAUGGAGGAAGAGUAGUUAAGAAAAGUAAUUGUCAUCGUGUUGUUUGGCAACGUUCUUUGAAUCCUUCUUCGACAUCAACACGACCAUCUUUUGAUAUACCUUUCCUUGCAAUAUCUCGUUCAUUGGGAGAUUUUUGGAGUUACAAUCAUAUGACUAAUAGAUAUGUCGUAAGUCCUGAACCAGAUUGUUUUACAAUAGAAAUAGAAGAUGAUUUCAUGGGUUUUAUUUUAUGUAGUGAUGGUGUAACGGGAGUUUUAGGUGAGGAACAUAUAGCAAAAAUAAUAACUGAUACAAAACAUGAAUCUCAAGAAAAUUGUAAAGAAAAUGGACUUGACAGAAAUAACUAUGCAAGAAUUAUUGUCAAAAAUGCCUUAAAUCCACAAAGUUAUAUUAGGUCUGAUAAUAUUACAGCAAUCGCAAUAAUGUGCAAAUAUACCAAUAAAGAUGAUAAUGAUUCAACUAUGAAAAGUGAAAAACCUUCUAUUCCAUUCAAUUUAGAUGAAGAAUUGACGAUUUAUCCUAGAGAUUGUGUUGUUAUUAAACCAAAAUCACAGGAAAGAUUUCGUACUACAGAAGUAAAUAUAUGUUAUAAUGGACCAAAAGAUCCAGCAUACAAAAAUGCAACAUGUGUAAUUGGACCCGGUUAUGAAGUUGAAGAAGAAACGAACAACAUGAAUAUUAAAGAAAAAGUUGGUGAAACCAGUGAUGGUGGGUAUGUUUUUUAUGAAAAACCUUGCUUUGUAAAAGUAUCAAAAGAUCAAAAGAAAAUUUUAAAUAUAUUAAGUGAUGAUUCAAAAGAAGAUGUGAAAUCUUUAUCAAUGAAAACAAUUGAUGAAAAAGUAGUUUGUUUAGUUCAUGGUUAUAACUGCAGACGUUGUACAAUAAUGCUACUUAGAAUUGAUCUAGCUAAAUCGAAGAUUAAGGAGAUGUGUAAAAAUAUCACUAGAAAAGAAAGUAAAACUACUCUUGCUGAAAUUAAAAAUGUUGAAGGUACAAAUUCCUCUUCUGAUUCUGUACCAAAGAACAUAUUUUCAUAUUUCAUAAAAAAAUUACCUUUAUUUAAAUUUACCAAGGGAAAACAUGAUAAAUCUGAUAUAAAACAUUUCAACUCCUUGACAGCAUUACCUACCCAACCUACACCGCUCAGAAAUUCAGAAACAUUAAGUAAGAGUUUUGAUAGUCUUGAAAGAUUACGCCAUAUGGAUAAUGAUGAAAUAGUUUUUGAGAAUAUAGGUAACGAAGGAAAUGGUAUUUCACCUACUAAAUUAAUUCGACCAAACAAAAGGAAAUUUGAUUCGACAUUCUGUAACAAAGAAAACAGUGAUUCAGAAUUAAAUCCUCCCCCUGAAAAGAAAAAUCGCAUUUGGAGCAUUUUUGCUAAUCUCGUAUCUUCGUUGAGUCAUAAAAAUACUAUGUAA